ACUUUUCAAGCGCGGGAAAACUUCCCAAGAGAAUCCACCAGUAGAAUAGAGAAACGGACCUCAAAAUCCUCCCAAUUCCGAUCUCUCUCGUCUUCCAUGGAUUCCGGUUCCGACUCCGACGGCUCUCACGUCUCCGCCACCCCACCCCGAGACCUCCGACCCCCGCCGCCGCCCUCGUCCCUCAAUGCCAGAAUCAAUCUCAGCACCAUCUUUACUCACUCCCACCCAACUCCAACUCCAAACCCUAACCCUAACCCUAACCCUAAACCCAAAUCAAAAAAACCAAAACGAUCCUCCAAGCCAGCAAAACCACCCUCAAAGCCCACCCCCAAACCCUCUCAACCAGAACCACCACCACCGACCCCAAUCCCCGUCCCGAACCUCUCCGCCCUACCCUUCCAAAUCCGCCGCCUAUCCAACGAAAACCCCGACAACUCCACGGGCAAUAACGUUCCUGCUGGGGGUUUGUACUUAUCCAAAUUCGCGUCGUUCUCGAAGAUUCGCAGACCAACGAGUCUCGAUGUGAAGUCUAUUGUGAACGACUCAACUCCUGCUUCGGGUUCGGUUCCACAGCCAGGUGGGACCGAGGUGAAAGGCGAAGGAGGUGGUGCUGGGAGUGCUGUGAAGGUUGUGAGGAGACAUUCUAACUUGAUUGGAGGAAGUAGUUUUACUGCGUUGGCCGUGAAGAAGCCGAGAGGCGGCAAUGAAGGGAAUUUUGUGAGGCUAAACAUCAAUGGGUAUGGAAAGAGUAAGUUUAAGUUUAAGGGAAGACGGAAGGGUUAUAGUCCAGCCGGUGGUCGUAGGUCUUUCCGAGGAUACAAGCGAAAAUCGACAGGGACUGGUGGGAUUGGCAACAAAGGAGCUUGUGGCGAAGAUGGUUUGGUUUUUGAGAUGUCACAGGUGGGCAAGCGAGAUAGAUUGGAAGUAGAUGAAGAGUUGAUUGGGGAGGCGGUGCUGGGUGUACGAAACGAGCCAUCUGAUGAGAAUCUUCUGAAGUUGUUGAAGCUCACACAUGGAUAUGAGUCGUUUCGCGAUGGACAGUUGGAGGCAAUCAAGAUGGUGCUUUCUGGAAAAUCGACUAUGCUGGUUUUGCCAACGGGGGCAGGGAAGUCCCUGUGUUAUCAACUACCGGCGGUGGUCUUACCAGGGAUUGUACUUGUUGUGAGUCCGUUAGUGGCAUUGAUGAUCGAUCAACUUAAACAGCUACCUCCAAUGAUUGAGGGUGGUCUUAUUUGUAGCUCUCAGACACCUGAAGAGAUGUCUGAAACACUGAGGCUGCUACAAGAAGGCACCAUAAAGGUGCUCUUUGUUUCACCAGAGAGGUUUUUAAAUGUAGAGUUUAUGUCUAUAUUUUCUGUCACUCCAGUGAUAUCACUUUUGGUGGUGGAUGAAGCUCAUUGUGUUUCAGAAUGGUCACAUAAUUUCCGGCCUUCAUAUAUGAGGCUCAAGGCAUCCUUACUUCGUACUAAGCUUAAUGUUCAAUGCAUUCUGGCAAUGACUGCAACUGCAACCACCAAAACUUUGGAUGAUGUAAUGUGUGCACUGGAGAUUCCUCAAACAAAUCUCAUCAAGUCAGCCCAUUUGAGGGACAACUUAGUGUUGUCAGUUAGUUUGAGCAGAAAUAGAAUGAAGGAUCUGAUGACGUUACUCAAGUCCUCCCCCUUUGUGGACAUUAAAAGCAUCAUUAUAUACUGCAAAUUUCAGUCUGAAACAGAUUUGAUAAGCAAAUACUUAUGUGACAACAAUAUUUCGGCAAUGAGUUACCAUGGUGGUAUACCCUACAAGGAUCGGAGCCGUGUUCAGGAAUUAUUUUGUUCCAACAAGAUAAGAGUGGUUGUUGCAACUGUGGCAUUUGGCAUGGGACUUGACAAGAGGGACGUUGGAGCUGUUAUCCACUGCACUUUGCCAGAAAGCUUAGAAGAGUAUGUUCAGGAGAUUGGCCGUGCUGGACGGGAUGGUAGAUUAUCUUAUUGCCACCUCCUUUUCGACGAUAACUUAUAUUUGAAGCUUCGUAGUCUCACAUACAGUGAAGGUGUAGAUGAAUAUGCAGUUAGCAGACUCCUAUCACAAGUUUUUGCUACCGGCUUGAGUUCGCAAGGGAAAAUAUGUGCUUUAGCCAAAGAGUCUGCAUCACAAAAAUUUGAUAUGAAAGAAGAGGUAAUGCUGACCAUUCUAACGCACUUGGAGUUGGGUGAAGUGAAAUACUUGAGUGUACUUCCACAGAUAAAUGCAACCUGCACUUUAAAUUUCCACCUGAGUCCCUCUGGAUUGCUGGCUGCUAAGGAUAUUGUGAUUGCAGCGAUCCUCAAGAAUGCCGAAAUUAAGCAUGGGCAAUAUGUGUUUGACAUACCAACCGUGGCAAAUAGCAUUGGAGUUUCAGCUGUUGACAUAUCAAAUAUGCUGCAAAAUUUAAAGGCAAAGGGAGAGAUCACAUAUGACAUGAAGGAUCCAGCCUAUUGCUAUAUCGUUGUGAAUGUCCCCAAGGAUUUUUGCUCUCUCACAGCACACCUCACCAAGUGGUUGUCCGAGAUCGAAAGUUGCAAGGUGCAAAAAAUAGACGUAAUGUUUAAUGCUGCAUCUUUCGCGGUGCAAGGGUGUAAGAGGAUAAACGGAUGCAUUGACUCUCAACAUACGCCAUGCUUGCACAAGAAGAUUUUGGAAUACUUUAAUGGAAAUGGCUACACAGAUGUACAUAAGAAGCUGGAUCAAAGCAGUCCGUUUUUACGAGCAGAUAUUAAGGUCUUUUUGCAGAGUAAUUCUCAAGCCAAAUUUACUCCCAGAGCUGUUGCGAGGAUAAUGCAUGGCAUCGCCAGUCCAGCAUUCCCUUCAAUGACUUGGUCUAAAACCCAUUUCUGGGGAAGGUACUCACAUAUCGAUUUCCAUGCGGUAAUCGAAGCUGCAAAGGCAGAGCUCAUGAAUUUUGUAAAAACUGCUUUAACGUAGCACGAUGGCAGCUUGCAAUCCAGUGCAUGACAUGCACAAUAACAACCAAUUCCGCCACUGUUUAUAGAAACUUUAUUCAGGAUUAAGGAAUAGUAUACUUGAGCCAGCUGUGUCAUUAUGAUUUUUCCAAAUAAACGACCUCAAGGGCUAACUUAUUACAGGUUACGAGUACAUUUGGAGAAUGUGAAUGAAACUUCACUUGAGAAAAGGAGCAGUCUGGCCAGCGAUAUAGAGACUUGUAUCAUAUGCAAUACAUUUACACACCAGAGACACGGAGCAAGAGAAGGAGAGAAACGGUGUUGUAUUCUUGGUAGUGAAUGUACACAACUAAGAUGCAAAGCCAGAAGAAAUAAUGGAUGUUGUUACAGUCAUAUAUUGUCACAUAGGUUCAGUGCUGUAUCCACGAAUGAGUAUCAAUAGGAAUGGUAGAAUGUUGCACCUCAGGUCACUUGUACCCAAAAUGCCUGUACGUCUGUUCCCGUGUAAUGUUAGCCGCACGAUUAUACAAAAAACUUUUUCCAAGAUGAGACUAUUGUGCAAUCCUGCGUUUGAAAUUGUGCAGGAACAGAGGUACAUGCACUUUUUCAAUACAGAAGAUUUGACAUC